GUGGAGUUGACUGAUGUCCUGGAGAUCAGUAACAUCGUGUUCACCUGCAUGUUCCUCCUGGAGAUGCUGUUCAAGCUGCUGGCCUUUGGUCUCUUCGGCUAUAUCAAGAACCCCUACAACAUCUUCGACAGUAUCAUCGUCAUCAUCAGUGUCUGGGAGAUCGUUGGGCAGGCGGACGGCGGUCUGUCAGUCCUGCGUACCUUCCGUCUGCUGCGGGUCCUGAAGCUGGUCCGGUUCCUGCCCGCCCUGCGCAGACAGCUGGUGGUUCUGAUGAAGACUAUGGACAACGUAGCCACCUUCUGUACACUGCUCAUGCUCUUCAUCUUCACCUUCAGUAUCCUAGGCAUGCACCUGUUUGGGUGUAAAUUUAAUCAGCAGAUGGAGAACGGAGACACCAUCCCAGACCGCAAGAACUUUGACUCGCUACUCUGGGCCAUCGUUACUGUGUUCCAGAUCCUGACUCAGGAGGACUGGAAUGUGGUCCUGUAUAACGGUAUGGCCUCCACCUCUCCUCUCGCUGCUCUCUACUUUGUGGCUCUGAUGACCUUUGGGAACUACGUCCUCUUCAACCUGCUGGUGGCCAUCUUGGUGGAGGGCUUCCAGGCUGAG